AUUCUUGUGUUUUUUGAAUGUUAUAUGAAUAUGUGUAAUACUUCAUUUUUGUUUGUGGCAUUUCAUGAUAAUAUCAUGUCAUUAACGUGCAGUUAAUUGAAUAAGUUAUGAGGAUACGUCACAACUAUAAUACAUCCACUCUUUGUUAUUGAUACAGGAAAUUGUGGGAAGUUUUGAUGAUGCAGGAAUUUGAAAAUCGACAAUGGUCAAAUGGUGUUCUCUAAUUAACGCCUCGACUCUCUUUAACGCUGUUCCCUAGUUAGUGCUCUUUUAAAUAACCGCCUGCCUUAACAUUUCAUCCUUUGUUAAAAUUAAUGAGACAUUCUCGUGAAAUCAGGUUUGUUUCUUCAUCUAGUUAGUCAAACUACUUUGUCCCAUAAGAAUUUAAACUACGAUAUGAUUUUUUUGUAUUUUCCCUUUGUUAUGACCUGCACACAUCGCGCCCCUGUCAAGUAAGUGCCUUAGCAAACGUUGAAAAUUUUAAAACAUCUUGAGUAGUUAUAAAACGGAAACCUCCAGAUAUGCUACCAAUAACGAUGGGCAAUCAACAUCCCCACCAAAAUUACUUUGUUCAUUUACUAUUUUAACAUUUUUUGGUAAACCUCUGCAUGCUCAUUUCACAUAUGUCGUACAAUAUUUUCUUAAAGCUAAACAACAGCAAGUACAAAACAUUUUGAAAUAUUUGAUUAAAAUUCGAUGCGUUUUGUGAUUUUAUCGGAACUCUUGCCAACACACCUAUAAAAAGUUAUUUUUACUAAUGAUGUCGUCCGGGUAAUGCACUACGGAUACAGAAACUAUAUUAAAAAUUAUGUAAUAUAAUUAGGAAGAUUUUUAUGUAACGCAUUGUUUAGAACAGGUAUUUAAGUCGAUAUCUCAGCUGUUAUUGUCAAUUCAAGAAAAAACGAAAAAGAUACAUUGGUUUAUUUUGAUAUUAGAUUGCACAUUCGUUAUACAAAAAGAAAAUGAAGUCAUUAGUUGUGCUUUUUGCCUUGACUGCAGGUGCAUUUGCCAUGGAUGGUACUGGACCAACACCUCCACCUGUUCCAUGUCCUAACAGCAUGUGUGCUGGCCAUUCUGAUGGAAAUUAUAAUUACGACCAUCCCAGUAAUGGUAAAAAAGAGAGCUACUUUGUACAGUGCGUCGGUGGAAAAGCUUAUUGUCAAGCAUGUUGGCCAAUGAACAUGAAAUUCAAAAAAGAAUGUAACCAAUGCUUGUACAGUAUGGAUGAUGCUUGUCACACUACACAAUCAUGGGCACCAGUUCCAACAUACACCUGCCCUGAUGAGUGCCCAAGCAGAGGACCAAACUUUAAAGGAAACAUCAGAGAUCCUUCCCAAUCAAAACAUUACGUUGCUUGCUGGAAUGGUGUUACUGUUGGAUGCGUCAACUGCCCAGCUGGACUGGAAUUUAACGAGGAGAAGAAUGCUUGUCUCUACGAAGGACAAUAUUACACCAAACCCUUGUAACAUAAAAUUUACUUAAAAAUAGAAAAAGGGAUUAACGUAUUAUUUUAGGUUUUUGCAUUAAAUAUAAUUUGUCCAUAUUAUAAUCAAAUAAAUCAUAUAAUGAUAUAAACAA